CCAAGGCGCUAAACACCUUGAGAAGCAUGAAAAGCAUCAGAGAGGAGUGGCAGGAGGAGUGGGGCAGGAGCAAACACGGCGCAAGAACCCGAGAUGAGCCAGAGCGCCGCCCCAAGAUAUCCAUAUUCAGAGAGAUGUGGGAUAAACUGGGGACCCCGUCGACGGCCCUCCGCUCCCCAGGCAACUGGAACCCCAAACUCCCACCCGCCAGGCUCGAUGCCUCCCUUUCUUCACUCUACAACCUUGACUUCAACUCCCGUGAAACCGAGCUGGGGCCCGAUUACGCCCCUCUGGCCCUCACCCUGGGGGGCCACAGCCUCAUCUUCCAGGAGGGCCAGUGGCUGUUGCAGCAGACGCCCCAAGGGGCCAAGGUCCGGAGUCCAAAGGCAGGGGACCGAACCCGCAUCCGCCGCCUGAAGAAUAAGAACCGGGAGUUACAGGAGGAGAAUAAUGCCCUGAAGAUCCGGGUGGAACUGUUGAUGGACAUGCUGGCAGAGACCACAGCCCGGCUUCAGGGCUCUGAUCCUGGGGAGGGGGGCAGCCAGGACAGCCUAGCAGUACCACAAACACCCCAGAUGAAAAGGGCAAGCUUCCAGAUACGUUCUACUAAAAGAAAGUCCUAAAAAAGUAUGAUAACAGUGGGACUGUGUGAAGUGGAUGAAAUGGUUCCUGCUGGACGAAUAAACGGAGGUUGACUGUC